CUGAAUGACUACAUUAAACUUCCGAGUCUCUGCGCGCCCAGUGAGGAUCGACUGCAACACAAAAGGACCCUGGAAUCGCAACUUACAGCUUCUGCCUUACAACCACUGAAGCCCAUUGCUAACCAAUAUCAACCACACACGUCACAUGAGUGAUUACAAGCCGAGGCAGUUGAAAUUCAUUCACAAACUUGAAGCUCGGCCUCCCAAAUUCACUAGAUGCAAACUAAAUCUACCCCAGAUUAACUGAACGCUUAUCAUGUUCGUACUGUAUCGACCGAUCUCAUCAUAACUUAACCCCACUUGGAGCCUCGAUAAUGCCUGACCCCGUAUCAUGAUCCACAUCAGCUUCCCCCGCUGACAUCACCCAAACUUGUCUUUCAUAGCCCCAAGCCUUCGAUACGUUGGCCAUUGAGGGUAUCAAUCUCAUACGUGCUUCUUUCGACGGAAACUUCGUCUGCAGUGCUAACUAAACCCCGCUAUCUCGACACCACUUUGGCUCUACCAUUAUCAGACCAUCAACACCAACAUGUGUCAACACACCCAUAACUAUGAUGAACCUCAGCAGUCCAAGCCAGAACCUGCAGGGGACCAGCCCCCAUUCCCCUGGCAUCUGCCAAUAUGCGACGCCCACUGCCAUCCAACAGAUACAAUGGCUUCGGUAACUGAUAUACCCUCUAUGCGUGCAGCAGCUUUGACCAUCAUGGCAACACGUGCCCAGGACCAGGACCUCGUUACAGAUGUCGCUAGCAACCAUUCCAACCCGGAUCUUAAAUCACUCUUGCAAGGAAAAUCCGAAGCAACAGAUACCUGUGCUAUUCCCUCCUUUGGCUGGCAUCCAUGGUUUUCUCAUCUACUCUACGACGACUCGGCCGACACUCCGACAUUUCAGUCCAUCUCCGGCUCCGAGACCGACAAUGCCGCCAAACAAGCACAUUAUAAUGCCGUUCUACAGCCAGUGCCUUCACCAGACUUUGUUGCUUCUCUUCCUUCCCCUAUCGCUAUAAGCUCAUUUCUCAAUGCAACUGAAUCCCGUCUAUCCACUAGCUCUUGCGCUCUUGUUGGUGAGAUCGGCCUUGAUAAGGCUUUUCGUCUCCCAGAACCGUGGCAACCAUCAGACCAUGUCGAGAGAGAUUCAACACUCACACCAGGGGGUCGUGAGGGCCGACAGCUCAGCCCUUAUCGCGUGAAAAUAGAGCACCAGCGUGAUAUUCUUGCCGCACAGCUUCGUCUUGCUGCAAAAGCUCGCAGAGCUGUCAGUGUGCAUGGCGUGCAAGCUCACGGCAUCUUGUAUGAGACACUUGCGGCAACGUGGAAGGGCCACGAGCGGGAGGUUAUAACACGACGAAAGCGCCGUCUUGUGGCAUCGGGUGCCGAGGACUUCUCAGACGACGACGACGACGACGGCAGUGACAAGCCGUACCCCCCUCGAAUGUGUCUGCAUUCAUUCAGCGCUAGUGUCGAAGUAUUGAGGCAGUAUCUGAACCGAACAAUCCCGGCUCGUAUCUUUGUCUCAUUGUCAACAGCUGUCAAUUUAAGCACUGAUGCUAGCCGGAGUAAGACUGACGAUGUCCUACGGGCCCUGCCUGAUGACAGCAUCCUAGUGGAGAGUGAUCUUCACAUUGCCGGCAAACAAAUGGACAGUGCAUUGGAAGACAUGUACCGACAUGUUUGCAGGGUCAAGGGCUGGAACCUUGAUGAAGGCGUCAAGAAAAUUGCGAGAAAUUACGAAGAGUUCAUAUUCGGAUGAUAGACAAGACGAGCAUGCGUGAAUAAGCACAAGGAAAAUAGAUCAGGCACAAGAGCGUAUUAUAGAGAUGUAUGUUUCAAGUUGUGGUAUUAGAUUGCUAUAGCUUCUAUUGAGCGAGAGCGUUUGCUGUUUGUAAAUACAAUUCCCAAUAUCCCACAUCUGAUGCGCAUAAAUUCAAAAUAAGGAAAAUCCGGUGUAUCAUAGUAAUAUGCAAAGGAAAUCAUUCAUGCCCAA